AUGCCAGGUGUUCUGUCAGUAGCUUCGGGGGGUAUUCACGUUUGGUAUAUGCCUGCUUUGACCGAGAUCUUUGGAGAUGAUUUCGUACUACAAUUCGGUGGAGGAACUUUAGGACACCCUUGGGGAAAUGCACCGGGUGCCGUAGCUAAUCGAGUAGCUUUAGAAGCAUGUGUACAAGCUCGUAAUGAGGGACGUUACCUUACCCACGAGGGUAAUGAAAUUAUCUGCGAGGCUAGCAAAUGGAGUCCUGAACUAGCUGCUGCUUGUGAAGUAUGGAAGGCAAUCAAAUUUGAAUUCGACGCAGUGGAUAAAUUAGAUAAACCAACUUGA